GUCAUAAGUGUUUUUGAACGCAUUUUCGGAAGAAAAUGCAAACGAUUUGACUGUCAACAAAUGCGAUGUACACAUAGCUUUGCACCUUUUUUUCGAUAAAUUUCUGUAAAUUCAAAACAAUGGCAGACCGACUGACCCAACUACAGGAUACAGUUAAUCAGCAAGCAGAACAUUUCUGUAACAGCAUCGGUGUCCUGCAACAAUUUUCUGUGCCUAGUAAAUUUCCAGGUUUCGAACGUACCGGAUCUCCACAACAAAACCAGCAAGAGGACUAUGCACAACUAUUUUCGACAUUAAUAUCGAGAUGUGCUAAGGACAUAGACACCCUGAUUGAUUCGCUGCCGAAUGAGGACAGUUCACAAGAGUUGCAAAUCCAAAGUUUAAAAACGCUGGAACAACAGAACCAAGAAGCAGCUGAACGAUUAGAAGAAGUAAUUCGCAAGGGUGAAUCGUUAUUAGAGAAAAUACAAACGGCCCUUGGUGAUAUAGCACAAGCUCAACUAGAUAUGCAAGUUUCGAAUACCAAGAAGUAAUUGAUCGGAAAUAUAUUUUUUUAAAUUAUUGAAA